AUGUUCUGCUUGCUAUUGUAAUACAAAAACUUGUUUAAGUUGUUAUUACCUGGAUUAUUCCAGGGUUGUAUUAUUGCAGAAAUAUUUGUGGAAAUGGAUUAGUUGUAACAGAUCCAGAUGGAUUCUAUACUAAAUAAUAUGAUGAUGGAAAUAUAUUUCAUUUUUAAUGAUUUAUGUGAAUUCCAAUAUGAGGAGAUCAAAUAAUAUCACCGAAUGAACAAUUUGAGGAUACAUUAACAUUGCCCUUUAAGGGUUGUUAGAAUUGCAAAGCAAAAUGUUAAUCCUUUUGCAUUAUUUGCGAUAAUAGUGGACUAGGUUGCUAAGCUUGUAAGAAUGGUUACAAAAAAAAUUGAUAAUUUAUUUUAUUCAAUUAGUGGAGACAAUAUAUUAACAGAAGGUAAAAAAUGUGAUGAUGGGAAUUUAAUAUUUUGUGAUGAUGGGAAUUUAAUAUUUUAUGAUGGUUGUCAUUAAUUAUCUUUUAGUCGUCCUGUUGCUUGUUCAAAUUGCUGCCUGGAUUUUUGUUAUGAUUUCAUGAAGGUUUUUAUUUGCUUAAGUAUUCCUGCUUUAAAUUUUAUUAUUUCUAUCCCGAUCCGAAAUGAAAUUCUUAAUGCUAGAGCUGUAGUAUAAGAGGAAAUGUUAGUGGAUUUUUAAAUAUUAAUGGUACUUGCACUCCUUUAUGCAGAGAUAAAAUAGUUGUUGAAGACGAAUAAUGUGAUGACAGUAAUGUCAUGUUUGAGAGUGGAUUUCAUACAUGUUUAUAAUCUUUCUCUUGUUAGUUUUGUUUUUAUCAGAAUUAAUGUUUUGAUUUAAAGUAAAAGAUUAAUUUAAAGGAAGCUAAUAAUUUUUAUUUUUCAGAUCUAAUCAAGCCUUCAAAGUUAAAUCGUAGAAAUUGACUAGUUUAUAAAAUAAGUUUUAAUCAAGUUGGUCAAUAUAUAGAAAUUAUAGAUAAAUAUUUUCCAAACGCUCUUAGAAUAAGAAAGUUAAGGCAAUUUAGUACAUCUAAUUAUGAGAAAUUAUUAAUAUGCUUCAGAUUGGAAAACCCUCUUAUAUUAAAUUAUAUAUUUUACUAAAUUUCAGGGGUAUUUGAAAAAGAAUUCACCCUUCCGCAUGACAUAUUUUAACAAAUAUUAAUAGUAUAAAUUUUUAUUUUGA